CGGUGUGGUGGUAAAUAUUUUGUUUGAAGAGCGAAGAGCGUCAAAACUCGGGAAGCCUAACCUUCGUAGGGCCAGAAACUUUGAAUUUCUCGCUCUGAAACCUGUGUUUGCCAAGUGCCUGUGUUGUAUUCGUGUUUUAGUUGGAUAGUCUGCUGGAAACGGCGGAUCCCUCUUGUCAUGGUCAGGCCAUAACCAUGAUUUUGACGAAGGAACUUGAUGCUGGUGGCCAAGGUGGAUUGCCCGGCAUUGUUGAAGCGGGCCCAUCAAUGGCGAUGAGUGGCGGCACUCCGAAUGGGGCAGUGAAUGGCCUCCCAAAUGGAUUGCACGAAGCUCCCGUCAAUGGCAUUGUUUCCAAUACUUCUAAUGAUAUAGCCAACGGUCCUUGCACCAAUCCACCAAGUGCUCCAAAGGUACCCAAGCGCAGUCAUGAAGAAACACUGAAAGGCAUUGAAAAUGCAAUUGAGGCAUUAGAACACAAAGGCCUUCAAUCGGAUUCUCGAUAUCAUCAUUUAGUGGCUCUUCGAAAUUUCCACCUUUCAGCAUGUCCUCCUCCUCCUGUGGUACCUGUUUUGGAUCCUUCUCUUCCUCCGUUCAAGCUGACACCAAACCAAUUAAACCAGCUGCGAACUCAAUUCAUGGCAUAUCGUCUUUUGGCUCGCAAUCAGCCUCUCACUAGUACACUAGCGCUAGCAAUUCAAGGCAAAGGACCGAUGCCCCCUGCUGGUGCAAUUUCAGGGCCGCUAAGUGACUCCAUUCCUCCUCUCCCCACUUCUGCACAAUCAGCAACUUCAGCUCAAUCUCAACAUGGUACUGGCAUUCAUGGCACCCAGCAGCAAUCACACUCUUCACAGCAAGGUGCUGUCCAGAGAGGCCGUGUCACUCUUAUAACCAAACCACCUGGUCUAGAUCCUGCUAUUAUUUUGCAAGAAAGAGAAAACAGACUGGCUGCUCGUAUUGCUUUACGCUUAGAUGAACUAAACAAUCUGCCUACAAACAUGGAUGAAGAUCUCAGAAUGAAAGCUCAAAUUGAACUCCUUGCUUUAAGAUUACUUAACUUCCAGCGUCACUUACGGACAGAGGUUGUUGCUUGCACACGCAAAGACACUAUGCUAGAAACAGCUGCGAGUAUAAAAACUAAUAAACGGCCCAAGAGGCAAGGUCUGAGGGAGGCUCGUGCCACUGAAAAGCUGGAGAAACAGCAGAAGGUCGAGGCUGAGCGUAAGAGAAGACAGAAACAUCAGGAAUACCUUAAUGCAGUUCUUCAACAUGCAAAGGAUCUCAAAGAAUACCAUCGCAAUAAUCUAGCUAAAAUUCAGCGAAUGAACAAAGCUGUUAUCCUCUACCAUGCUAAUGCAGAACGAGAACAAAAGAAAGAGCAAGAGCGCAUUGAGAAAGAAAGAAUGCGCAGGUUGAUGAACGAGGAUGAAGAAGGUUAUCGUAAAUUGGUUGAUCAAAAGAAAGACAAGCGAUUGGCCUUCCUACUGGACCAGACAGAUGAGUACAUCGCUAACCUUAUGAAGCUUGUGUCAGAGCACAAAGCAGAGCAGGCCAAAAAGGAGAAAGAACUGAAAGAGCAAAGGAAGCAGAAGCGAAAGAAAAAGAAGAAGAAAAAUAAAUUUGACGAUUCCAUGGAUGAGUCUUCCCAAUCAGAAAUGAGAGUAGCGGUCAUUGAAAAGUCUUCUGGCUCUGUUAUUUCUGGGGAUGAUGCUCCUAUGGCAUGUAAUUUGCAGCAGUGGCUGGAAGACCAUCCUGGCUGGGAAAAGCUUGACAGCGAUUUAAGUGAUGAGGAGGGUGAUUCUUCAUCUGAUGAUGAUCAGCAAGAUGAAGAAAGCAAAGACUUUGAUGAGGUACCUGAUGAUGAAAAAGUUAAGAAUGUUAUUCAGAAAGCCAAAAAUGAAGAUGAUGAGUACAAAUCCUCUGCUGAUGGCCAGACAUACUACAGCAUUGCUCACACUGUCAAUGAAAAGGUCACCAAACAGGCUUCUAUCAUGGUCAAUGGUAAACUUAAGGAGUACCAAAUCCGAGGUCUAGAAUGGCUGGUCUCUCUGUACAACAACAAUCUGAAUGGUAUUCUUGCUGAUGAAAUGGGUUUGGGUAAAACCAUACAAACCAUUGCUUGCAUCACCUAUAUUAUGGAAAUGAAAAAGGUGAAUGGGCCCUUCCUCAUCAUUGUGCCUCUUUCAACGAUGUCCAAUUGGGUUCUUGAGUUUGAGAAGUGGGCCCCAUCAGUCCAAGUUGUAGCGUAUAAAGGCUCUCCAGCUGUACGCAGGGACUUGCAAUCUCAGAUGAGGGCCACCAAGUUCAACGUUCUCAUCACUACUUACGAGUACAUCAUCAAAGAUAAGGCAAUUCUGGCAAAGUUGCAUUGGAAGUUCCUUAUUAUUGAUGAGGGUCACCGUAUGAAAAAUCAUCACUGCAAGUUGACUCAGGUUCUGAAUACCUAUUACAUUGCUCCACAUCGUCUCCUCUUGACUGGUACUCCCCUUCAAAACAAGCUACCCGAGCUGUGGGCCUUACUUAAUUUCUUGCUGCCCUCUAUAUUCAAGUCUUGCUCCACUUUUGAGCAAUGGUUCAAUGCUCCAUUUGCUACCACUGGAGAGAAGGUUGAGUUGAAUGAAGAAGAGACAAUUCUUAUUAUUCGACGUCUCCACAAAGUAUUGCGUCCUUUCCUGUUGCGGCGUCUGAAACGAGAAGUAGAGUCACAACUUCCUGAUAAGGUUGAAUACAUCAUUAAAUGUGAUAUGUCUGGUCUACAACGUGUCCUAUACAAGGUGAUGCAGACUCAAGGCGUGAUGCUUACUGAUGGCUCUGAGAAAGGAAAGCAUGGCAAGGGAGGAGCUAAGACCCUUAUGAAUACCAUCAUGCAACUGCGCAAACUCUGCAACCAUCCCUUCAUGUUCCAACACAUUGAAAAGGCUUACUGUGAGCAUCAUGGCCACCACAGUGGCAUUGUGACUGGUCCGGAUCUAUUCCGAGCCUCAGGCAAGUUUGAGCUACUGGACAGAAUACUCCCCAAAUUGAAAACAACAAACCAUAGGUGUUUGCUUUUCUGUCAAAUGACACAGCUCAUGACUAUACUUGAAGAUUACCUGAAUUGGCGGGGUUUCUCAUACCUGCGUCUUGAUGGAACAACAAAGGCUGAGGACAGAGGAGAUCUUCUUAAACGUUUCAAUGACCCUACUUCUGAAUAUUUCCUCUUCCUUCUGAGUACGAGAGCUGGUGGUCUGGGUCUGAAUUUACAAGCUGCAGACACAGUUAUCAUUUUUGACUCUGAUUGGAAUCCACAUCAAGAUUUGCAAGCUCAAGACAGAGCUCAUCGUAUUGGUCAAAAGAAUGAGGUCAGAGUUUUACGUCUCAUGACUGUCAACUCAGUAGAAGAGAGAAUUUUGGCUGCUGCAAAAUACAAAUUGAAUAUGGAUGAGAAGGUUAUCCAAGCUGGUAUGUUUGACCAGAAGUCUACUGGCUCUGAAAGAAGACAGUUCUUGCACAGCAUUCUACAUCAGGAUGACAGAGAUGAUGAGGAGGAAAAUGAAGUGCCAGAUGAUGAAGUUGUGAAUCAAAUGAUAGCACGCCAUGAACAUGAGUUUGACUUGUUCCAAAAGAUGGACAUAGAGAGGCGUCAAAACGAAACAACCAAUAGACUUAUUCAGGAGGAUGAACUCCCUGAUUUCCUCAACAGAAAUGAGGAGGAGAUUGAAAACAUGUGUGAAGAAGAGGAUGAAGAGCAAGAACUAGGCCGAGGUUCCAGGCAAAGGAAGGAGGUUGAUUACACUGACAGCUUGACAGAGAGAGAAUGGUUGAAGGCUAUAGAAGAAGAUGGAGGUGAAGAAGAGGAGGAAGAAGAAGUCGAUGGAGGUCAUAGAAAGUCAAAGAAAAAGUCACGGAAGAAGAAACACAAGGAGGAGGAUAGCUCUUCACACUCCUCCCGGAAAAAGGCUAAGCUUGAUGUGUCCAGUAAUAUGAAACAUGCCAUGCGUUGUGUGAUUGAAAUAGUUAUGAAAUACACAGAAGAUGACAGGCCUAUUGCUGAACCAUUUGUGAAGUUGCCCUCUAAGAAAUCUCUCCCAUAUUAUUAUGAGGUUAUCAAGAAGCCCAUGGAUAUUAAAAAAUUAAGUCAGCGCAUUAAUGAUAACAAGUGCGCUUCAAUGGAUGACUUGGAGAAAGAUUUCACUCUUAUGUGCACCAAUGCUCAAACUUUUAAUGAAGAAGGAAGUGAUUUAUACAAUGACUCUGUAACAUUACUCCGUGUCUUCCGCCAAGCUCGUGCUCAAAUUGAAACUGAGUUGCUUUCCAAAGAUGAUGGUGAAGAUGAUGAAUCUUCAGUUAUGAGUGGUGUGACUGUAUCGGAGAACCCAGACGCAGGCAGUGUGAAGGUGAAGAUCAAGUUGCCGAAGCCUCCAGCUUCCAGCAGCAGACGUCGCAUCAUUGACGACUCAGAUGAAAUUGUGGGCGAAAGUGACAAUGCCAGAGGCUUGUACGAGGAUUCAAUGGACACAGACUAAUGGCAGCAGACACGUACUAAUUUAUGAAAUAUAAUUGUAAAUAUUCUUCUAUCUAAGCCUUGCAUAAAUGAACUUAAUCAUUGUUUUACUGAUUCUGUCAUUGUUUUUGUAGUAAAAGCAUUACAUUUUACUUAAAUAGUGUAAUUUUGAUUGUGCAAUCUGAGCUUUUAAAUACAUUGUUUCUUAGGACAAAUCAAA